CUAGUUUACACGGUUGCCAUGGUCGGUUUUGUGCCUGUCUUAGCCCUUGGUUAUAUCUAUGAUCACUGUGGGACGGUUUGUGUGAGAAUCCUAUCUAUAUGCAUGUGCGCCGGUGGAUUUUUGCUGAUGGCAUUAGCUGAGAGAGGAAGAGAAUGGCUGUUAUUCCCUGGGGCUGUAUUCCACCAGCUCGGGGGACUCCAAUUGGCUAUUACUGACAUCCAAGUGGCCGGACUAUUUCCUAAGCUAAAGGCAACACUCAUUUGUCUUAUUGCCGGUGCAGAAGUCAGUGGUUUAACUCCUAUCUUGUUAAAGUUGGCCUACCAGACCGGAGUGACGUACAAAACGUACAUGUUCACCUUUACCGGCAUCAUACUUCUUCUCUCCUCUGUCAACACAAUCGUCCUUCCACCUAGACAAGAUGAAGACGGCAACGACAUUGACAUAGCCUGUUGCUUCGAGAUACGCAAACGACACAGCGACACCAAUAUAUCCCGUAAACUGAGCAACAGCACUUGUAAAAAAGCCAAGCAAACUGACCUGUACGUACCUGUGGCAAAUGACACGUUGAAAGAUAAUUUUGUUUUGGAGAACGGUUGGUCAAAUUCAGCAUACACGACCGAUGACGUAAGCAUCAGACCAAACACGAACUACGUUCGUGCCGUAUACCCACAAACCUCUGGUGUUCAUUCCACAAAAAAGGUCAUAGCAGUUUUCACAAGCAACUCUAAGGCAACAGGGGAAGAAGCCAGGGAAAACAAGGUUGGAAGUGACGGUCACCAGGCUGCUAAUAAAUUCCCCAGCUAUCAACAUAAGAAUAAAACCGAUCAGAAAGAAACACGUGUUGACGGAAGUAAGCAGAUGGCGUGCAAAGGAGAAAACUCAGUACGCAAAGAUGCCAAAAGCACUAACAGUAGUUCACUACCUGGCACGCUAGUGAUUCUCAAAAACCCUACAUUUUGGAUGUUGAUGCUUUGGUAUUUGUGUCAGGAAACCUUCAUCAUUACAUAUCAAGGCAUUUUUUACGCGAUGGUCAAUUACAACGAAAACAAUGUCAAAAACAAAGUAAGUGCGUAUACGGACGUGUAUUCCUGGUUCCAAGUGGGUUCUCUGAUCUGGGCCUUGCUGACUGGUUUGAAGUUUGACAGACAUGUUGCUGAUAAAGCCACGAUAGACAAAGAGCCAUGCGUCAUCCUUCCAUUUUUCCUUACAUCAUUGACGGGAUUCAUUGUAUUCAUAGCCUGUUGCUUAUCCAUUAUCGAGCUACAUGUUGUGGCCAUUUUGUUUUACUCUUUGUUGAGAACCGGGAGCCAUGCCUUACAUUUGACAUACAUGACCACCGCGUUUCCAAAGGAACAUUUCGGAAAAGCAUUGGGAGCACAAUUAAGCAUUGUGUAUGUUUUCGCCUUUAUUGAACUACCAGUAUUUUCCUGGUAUAAACACAGCUUGGAAUUAAAAGGCUUGGUCGGAAUGCUGUUCUGGGCAAUAUGCUUCACCGCCAGCUGGCUGCAUCUUUUUCUCUUCUUGUGUUACAGUUACACGCCUCAAUAAGAUCACAACCAGACAAGGGAACUUUACAAAUGGUCGCAUGAUACCAGUUUUGCCACUGGGCUAUAGAUGUAGCCACAGUAUACUAUUAAUAUUACUUCGUGGCCGGAGGAUCGAUAUACCUUCUGUCUACCAAAACCUACAGACAUCGCUACACUGUCGAGCUCAUAUGUCUGUAUUCCUCCUUUCUUCAAACUAUAUAUAUUGCUACACAACUGAGCUGCUAUGUUUAGCUAUGUUUAUAUUCAUCCGAUCCUCAAACUAUGUAUGUAUAUUGACUUGUUAGAUAUGCACCAGCCUAAAGAAAUUGGCUAACUUCUGUCUUUUAACUUGAUGCCGUGUUAUGUGCAGUGUAUGAUUCAUAAUAAAAUUGCUCCCCAAAGGGUUCGCUGCUCUGGGCGAUCCUGACUGCUUUGGUGUUGGAUAAAUGUGUUGCCAGAGCAACCAAAGGCGGUAAUUUAGGUGCUGAUGAUAUUUAUUGAUUUAUUGAAGUUCUGAAAUUAUUUACACGAAUUUUCCCCGAUGGGAUAUGUUUGUAGACGACGUUGGUUACCGAUUUCUGAGGUGACUGAUACCGAUCACAGCAGCCAGCGCUGGUGUUACGUGCACAUUCUUUAUUUCUUGCACACCGACUACAGGUCUGGCACACAGGCAGAAAUAGUCUCCCCGGGGUACUGCCUCUCUACGUAUACCUGACUGAUCUUAGAGACAGGAUCUUUCCACCGCCUUCAUCUAGAACCGAGGUCAACGGACUUAAUAUUAAUAGGUUUAGAUGAAGAACUGUCUCUCUACGUACAUUUGAGUGAUCUUAGAGUCAGGAUUUCUCCACUGCCGUCAUCUGGCGAGGUCAACGGACUUAAUAGGAUUAGAUGAAGAAGAUUCUUGCGUGAUGUAAAUCCAUUAGGCCUGUCUUACAACGAAGUGAAUUUAUCAACUGUCCUGACUAUAUUUUAUACACAGAGAAGGUCUAAAUGUUAUUUCUACUCUAAACUGUCCCUGGACAUAUAUACUUAUGUGUUUACUUGUAAACAAGAUUAAUAAAUCAAAAUGCAGCGCUAUCACAAAGCAGUGCCCAUUAUAAACCCAGGCCAGGAUAUUUUCUUCUUUAAU